UAUUCUGGAGAAGAAGAUUGCACCAACAACAAGAAAUUUCUGCAGUGAACUCAAUAAAAGGAGACUCCAAAUGAAAGCGAAUACUAACUUAAGGAAAGCUCAGCGGAGCUUAACUAGAAGCGACGAAGACUCGAGAUAUCAUGGGUUGGAAAGGACAAGGAAAAAGAGGCAUCCAUAGUGGACGUACACUCCGUCGAAAUGCAAGCGACGGAUGGCUGAGGCGAGAGCUGGAGGGUGUACUAGUCAAGUACAAAGAGAAUACUGCUGCAGUUCCAAAUUCCGUCACAGAAUCACUACUUCAAGACCGCUAUGGUUUAACAGAUGGAUUGGAAAUGGGCUACAUACCAAAUCGAUCCAAUAAUACUGGAGUGGAGUUCUCUCUUGGUAAAAGAAAGAGAUGGCUCCUUCGUGACCUUGUGAAGGAGCGACUCGAAGAAGAAGUCGAGUAUGAAAGCGACGAAGAAUUUGAAGAAUCAAAAGAUCUUCAUAUCUGCUUUCACGAAAGGCAUAUUUUUAAUGACUGCAAGAGAACAAGAGCAGAUUGUGUCUCGGUUUACAGCGAUAAAGAUGGACAAAUCCAUUCCAAGCAUAAGUACUCGUAUUUCAGCGACUUAAGACAUAAAGGCAUUGACGCAAAACCACCAGAGAUUGGUUAUGAAAUAUGUAAUCGCCCUUUGCCUACUUCCUGGCCAAACUAUAGAGAAGAUCAAGCGACGAGCUAUACCAGAUACUGGGAUCUUCAGGGAGAGAAAUCAAAGGCCAAAUGCAAGGGAAGGAGGAAUAAAGGAAACCGGUUUGGAUUCAGCAAAGAUGAUUGUGAAUUCAAACUUCCAACUAAUAAGCGAGUGCAUUCAAAUCCUCAAGAUUGCAAAGUCAAAGUUAUCACCAAAGACGACUUUCAAUUUGCUACCAAGAACAUGAACACUUCAAGCAAAAAUAAAACAUUGUUCAAUCUUGAAGACUUCACAGAGGCUGCAGUGAAAGUGAACAAUGAAAAACCUUCAUGUUUCUCUUCCACUUUUCAGAAGUAUGGCAAAGGGUGUGCAAUAUUUGUUGAAAAUGAUCCAGUGAAAGCAGUACUACCUAACAUCACAAAGGAGGUUCAGCAAAAGAGUUUUAUUGGUGCUCAACAUAAAGUCAACAUCAAGAUGGACGCUCAGGACAUUGMACCUUCAAGGCUUUCUUGUGAAUGGAGUGACAACUACAAGGAAGGGAAAACAUCACCAAGGAAAUUUGCCAUCAACAUUACUCCCCUUUUACCCAACAGCAAGGUAAAGGCCAACAAGAGAAUUGACUGCAUACUACAAGAACCAGGUUUGGUUGGUAAAGAUGAAAGGAUUGCAUGUCUYACAAGAUUUGUAAAAAUGGGAACUGAAUGUAUUUUAUCACUAAAAGACUUGUAA